AUGUGUGGAAUUAUUGCAUCCAUUGCCCUGGGCACCUCGUACUGUCUCGCCUGUCCAAAAGAACAAAGUCUUCCUGGGGAUGGCCGAGAUAGCUUAUCACACGACUCAUUAGCAGAUAGUCUUCAUCAUACUCUGACGAAUGGUUUUCAAGAGUUAUUUACAAACUGCUUCGUUUGCAAAAAUGCCAUCAAAGACCAGACUACGAAUGGAAAGCCAAGCCAAGGCAACAAAGCCGACAGUGGUACCCGAAAGAAGAUGGCGUGGCCUCCGGGCCAUGCUAAGAAGCACAUGCUAGAGUCAAAGCUCUUGGCAGGACUGGAUCAGAUACAUCAUCGGGGUCCGGAUUCUCAAGGCACUUGGAUUAACCAGUCUAACGCCGUUGCCUUUGGCCAUUGCCGGCUUUCACUUAAUGACCUCACCCCUACUGGACGUCAGCCACUCCACAGUCCUGAUCAACUCGUCCACGCAGUUGUUAAUGGUGAACUCUACGAUUACGAUAUUCUACGACAACUUUGUAUCGACCGUAUCGGCUACAAUUUUCAAGGCCACAGUGACUCUGAACUAGUCAUCGCUCUUUACAAAGUCUUUGGAGCUCCAACCUUCUUGGAUCAUCUGCGCGGCGAGUUUUCUUUCGUGCUUUACGAUGAAGAAAAGCAACAAGUCAUUGCGGGACGAGAUCGCUAUGGAAUAAAACCACUUUUUUGGACGGUAAUUGAUGGACACGAUCAAGAGAGGAGGUUAUUGUUUGCUUCAGAGGCAAAGGCCUUCCUGCCACUGGGUUGGUCACCAGAGUGGGACACUCAGAGCAUCGCAACAGGGGCGUUUGAUUACGACGAUGAGAGAACUCUUUUCAAAGAUAUACGAAAAGUUCGACCUGGCCACAUUCUCACAAUCACUUCAGAAGGAAUGUCUAACUACCAGUACUGGGAUAUGGAGUACUCUAGUCACAAAGCCGAUACGAAUGAGCUUUCUUCAUCCCUAGAUCGAAUUCCCCUGGACGUUGAUCAAACAAUUAUCAAAGUUCGGGAGGAACUGGUUGAUUCAGUCAACCGUCGAAUACACGCUGACGUCCCUGUGGGUAUAUACUUGUCUGGUGGCCUCGAUUCAUCAGCCAUCGCAGGCAUAGCAUCGCAGUUGCGAGAUCAAGAAAGCACAGCUAAUGGUAACGGCACCAAAUCUGGGAUGGAAUGUUUUUGCAUUUCUUUUGGAGACGAAUCUGAAUUUGACGAGGCAAACAUUGCACAACGAACAGCGGAUCAUCUGGGUCUUCACCUCAAUCGUUGCAAGGUGGAUGAGGCUGCAUUGGCAGAUAACUUUGAGGCAACAGCUUGGCACAAUGAGCGACAUUCCCUCGAUUUGGGUACAGUCGGCAAGUAUUGCCUGUCGCGCAAAGUGCAGGAGACUGGUUACAAGGCCAUUCUUAGCGGCGAAGGCGCUGAUGAAAUCUUUGGAGGAUAUCCUUGGUUCCUGGUCGAUAUGUUUGAGAGUACCGAUUCUGUUGAUACGUCAAAGACUCAGCUACAUAAUAGUAGCCAGCUAUACGAAAGAGUCAGGGAAGCUAUUGUUACCCGCUUUAGACAAAUGAUGGGAGAACGUUGGGACCCAGUGGCGGUUUCACCAGAACUCUUGUCCGAGCUCGGGCAUAAUUAUGGAUUCAUCGCAUCUAUUAUGUGGGGUUCAGCUGAGGAGGUUUUGAAGCCCGAACUGCGAAGAUCCCUAGAUGAGAAGCUGCGAGUACUGCUGGAUUGUCUUCCUCAAGAAGGCAAACGACAUAUGGCGGAAGGGGACUGGCAUCCGCUCCACUCAUCUUUGUAUGUGUGGAACAAGACGCAGCUGGCCAACUUUGCCAUGAUUUUGGAAUGCGAUCGCCAAGAGAUGUCCCACAGCGUGGAGGGAAGAGUACCCUUCCUAGACCAUCACUUGACGGAUUAUGUCAACUCACUGCCAGCCAAUCUCAAGAUCCGACACGACCCAAACAUGGAUCUCCAAGAAGAUGACAGUCCAUGGUGGACCAGUGGUAACGAGUCUGGGCUUAGACAAUUCCGAGAGAAGUGGUUGUUGCGAGAGGCCGCCCGGCCGUUUCUCACAGAUGAGAUCUAUGAGCGAAGAAAGCACCUGUACACAGCUCCUGCAGCAUGGCCCGUGGGAGGUCCUUUGUAUAAGCGCUUUGAAAAAUUGGUCACGCGCGAGAGUGUUGAGAAUCUUGGCUUUACACAACCUACUCUCUUCCUUAUCCGACAUGGAGAGAAACCCGCCCCAGUAAAUGGGAAAGUGCCAGAUGGCUUGUCGGCCCAAGGCAAAGAGCGAGCAGACGGUCUCCGUAAGGUCUUCGGAAAGGAAUCAAGCUAUGAUAUUGGAUAUAUCAUGGCGGAGGAACCUAAGUCCGACUCCGACCAACGGCCCUUUGACACUGUGAAGCCAUUAUCCGAGGAGCUGAAGUUGAAGAUUCAUCACCACGUCAAGAGAGAUGACCAUGGAAAGGCUGCAAAGGAAGCUUUAUCCUUUGAAGGCCCGGGGAAUCUACUGCUAUGCUGGGAGCAUCAUAAUUUAGCAAACAUUGCCACGGCUAUUGGCGUCCAGGGAUAUGCAACAGCGACUGGGUGGUCUGGGGAAGUCAAGUAUCCUGGCAGCAUGUUCGAUUUGAUUUGGGUCAUACCACCACCGUACACGGAGAUCACAGAUGUGUUCAGUGAGAGGGUUCCUGGUUUGGAUGAUUCUGUUAAAACGAAUGCCCAGGGGGAUGUGAUCCCUCCUUCAGCCUAG